AUGAUCAAUAUAUUUGCCGCUUUAAAUUAUGCGGAGGAUAGACAGGUGCAAUUUGCUAUCUUUCAGUUUAAGGGACCGGCCAGAGCAUGGUGGAAUGUAGUUAGGGCCAAAUGGGAAAGAGAGGGAACUGCAUGGACCUGGCUGAAGUUCGUGCGGGAGUUUAACGAGAAAUAUCUCCCACCGAUAGUCCAGGAGAAGAGGGAAGACGAUUUCAUUAUGUUUCACCAGGGAGCCCUAAGUGGUCUCAAUGUAGAGAUACAGGAGGCCUUGGCGGCGGCUCAGAUUAACACUUUUACGGAGGUUUUGGAGAAGGCCCAGAGAAUCAAAAUUGCCAGGGCGCAAGUAAGGAAUUUUUACACAAAACGGAUAGGGGCGCCUGGUGGAAAUCAAGGAUCGGCACAGAGUGAUCGAAACAUGCCACCCCCUAAAGCCGGUCGUGGAGCUGGAGGUGGAAGGUUUAUGAGCACAUCCAGGGGAGGUACUCCGAGGGGAGCCCAGAGUGGAAGGGGACAGGGGAGAAGUGUCCCACAGGAAGGCCAGACAUCUGCCCCCCGAGUAUCGUGUGGGUAUUGUGGGAAAUCACACCAUACUAAGGAUAAUUGCUGGAGAAAAGCUCAAAAAUAUUUAAGGUGUGGAAGUACGGAGCACCAGAUUGCUAAUUGCCCACUAAUCAGUGAUGCUAAGUCGACUGGCAAAUUGAACCCUAAACCAACCAAUGUAGGAGGGACCAGGUCAAGGGUGCCAGCCAGAGUGUAUUCUUUGGACCAACAAUCGGUACCUGAACCAUCGAAGGUAGUGGAAGGUACGAUUCCUGUCUUCCAUCGUUUAACCAAAAUUUUGAUAGACCCUGGUGCAACCCAUUCUUUUGUUAGCCCCACAUUUAUGCUUGGAAUUGACGUGAAAACCGGACUUAGAAGUAAGAACACCUACGGGUAA